CAUAUCAUCAUCAACAUUAGCAGGAAGCUAGCAUAGCAUCACCAACAUUAGCAGGAAGCUAGCAUAUCAUCACUAACGUUAGCAGGAAGCUAGCAUACCAUCAUUAACGUUAGCAGGAAGCCAGCAUAUCAUCAUCAACAUUAGCAGGAAGCUAGCAUAGCAUCACCAACAUUAGCAGGAAGCUAGCAUAUCAUCACUAACGUUAGCAGGAAGCUAGCAUACCAUCAUUAACGUUAGCAGGAAGCCAGCAUAUCAUCAUCAACGUUAGCAGGAAGCUAGCAUAGCAUCACCAACAUUAGCAGGAAGCUAGCAUAUCUGCACCAAUGUUAGCAGGAAGCUAGCAUAUAUCACUAAUGUUAGCAGGAAGCUAGCAUAGCAUCACCAACAUUAGCAGGAAGCUAGCAUAUCAGCACCAACGUUAGCAGGAAGCUAGCAUGCCAUCACCAGCAUUGCAGUUCACCUAUUUUCCCUUAUGUGCUCCACCCAGGAGUCGACCCGACCAGAACUCCUCAGUGUUAUUACCUUGAGAAAUAAUUAGAUUUUGUUAAGCGUAAAACAGGCUUUUAAAGGAUCAGCUGUUACAGGUCAUGCAUGUGGAAUAGAUACAGAGUGACAUUCACCGUCCAGCGCUGGGUUCCACUCUGCUCACUUUAGAGGUGACACCAAGUGAAGCAAAGAUUGUUGCGCAGGUUCUGCUUUUAUCUCGUCAUUCUGCUCCCUCUCUAAGGUGUUGGCCUGUUUAAUCGGGUUUUGUUGAUGUGUGACUGACGCCAGUCUUAAAUGUUAUAGUUAUGUAAGUAGCAGCUGUGUAUGUGAGCAGAUAAAACUGAGAGGAAACACAGAAUAAUUUUAUCCAUAACACCAUCAUACACAAGAAGCUAGCAUACCAUCCCCAAAACAAACAGGAAGCUAGCACACUGCCACCGUUUGACCUGGACCAGAACGAUGGUGGUGGCGCUGGUAGGAGUUUGUCCUGCAAUUUGAUUCUCGCUCUGUCCUCCUGUUGUGUCCUUGGGCAACAAACUUCACCCACAUCGCCUGCUGGUGGUCAGGGGGUGAACUGCGUGAAGCUGCUGCUGCUGCUAACAGCUGUUCUGGAAAUAUUUCUUCUUUCCAAUAAGUUUUCCAAUAAAUCUGCUGAGUUUCUGAUGAUUAUUUGAAAAACUACAUUUAUUGUCCCUCUUGAAACUCACCUGGAAAGUUUGGACUGUGGUCUGCUAUUGGUCCGUUCUCCAAAAGUGGAACGCUGUCAAACAGAGCAUAGGAAAGAAUAACAACCCAAUUAAUUUUCAGUGAAUUCAGAAACUGUGCAUGGAGAGGCAGUUGGUACUAUUGAUCCUCCCAACAUCAAGCUCCAGGGGUCAAGGUUCAAGUCCUGCCAAUGGACCAUCAGUCUGGAGUUAAAAGGUUCUGGCUGCUGCCAUCUCUGGAUGGAUUUCAGUAAAGAUGGCCGCUGUAGCUCUCUGUUUACAGCAGUAAAGAUGGCCGCCGUCUCUGUAUGAAUUGUAAAGUUGCAGAGAACGACAGCACGGUCAGCACAUGAAGGAAACAAACAAACAAAUAAGCAGGAAGCUCAGCUAACAGUGACCGUUAGUGGACCGUUGGCUGCAGCUUCUGACCCGGUCAUGUUUGGAGUUGGACCAGGAGUGGCGGGUUGGGAUGUGAUGCGUUCACUGACUCAGACUGCUUUCGGUUCAUUAUCAUCAUUUUCAGCCAUUGUUUAUUUUUACCAUCUGCCUUCGUCUUCUUCUGCUGCUGCUGAAUUUGCCGCAUGUCUCAUGUUGAUGAUGUAACAGUCGUCUAAAAUGCGACUCGGCCGUUCUGCCUGCAGACGCUUUGAAAACUAUCGGGUUUAGUUCCACAUCUGGAAGAGGAACAGAUCGGGUUUAUUGUGAGAACAGAUGGGAUCUGAUUGCAUUGUGCUUUGGCAGCUGGCGGUUCUCGUCACUCCAAAGCUCUCCAGGUUUCAAACAUGCAGAUGAUCUGCAGCUUCUCGCCGCCUGGCUGUCAUGCUGCCUCUAAGCAGCCAAUCAGAGCCCAGCUGCUGAGCCAUGCUGCCAUGUUGAGCUUUUCCAGCUGAGAAAUUAGUUCAAAGCUUUGAAAACUGACAGAAAGGCAGAUGAUGAAUUAUUAAUACGUUAUGUCUGAGUUUCUGGUCCAGUCAGACUCUAGUCUGUGUUCCCAGCUCCAGCUGGGCCCCCUGGAGAGGCCUCGGGCCUCAGGUUGGGAACCUCCCCGGUCAGCUGCAGAGUGGUUAGAAAGGCAGCACCAUGGAAACCGGCCGGCCAAUGGGUGAGUGGGAAGCUGUUUACUGGGGGGUGUCCCGUUACCAUGGUUCCGGGACAAACCUCCGUCAGCAGGUAUUAAACUGGCGCCCGGCGGAGCCCCGAGCGGCGGACACACACGCACAGAGGAGCGCAGACUGAAGCGGGAUUGGCGCAGACUGAAGGUGUCCGGGUUUAAAGUUCACCAAACUGUUUUCUUUGGGAUCUAAAGGUUUCUCUUCAAGCGGCCAGGUUGCCUCGAGGAUCGAGUCGGGUAGCAGAACCGAGCCCUGUGUGGAGCAGGACGGGGAGCCAUGCUGUCUCUGAGCCCGGUGGGCCCCGAGGAGCAGCGGAGCUGCGGGGGUUGCUGCGGGGCCCCCUGUAGCUGCGGCCUGGAUGACAGCCUGACCAACCUGCAGUGGCUGCAGGAGUUCUCCAUCCUGGGGGCUCCGGGACCGCAGCAGGGCCAGCAGCAGCUGGGCUCCGGCGGCCCGGCCUCGCCCCUGGCCGGGGACCCGGCCUCCUGCAGCGGGUCACCGCUGACUCCCGGGAAGCCCACCGCGGCGGCCUUCAGCCGGAUGCGGGCCCCGCCGGGUCUCGCGGCGCGCGGCCACUGCCCGGCCGAGGUGGAUUACCGCAGCAACCCGGACAUCAAGCCGCCGUUCUCCUACGCCACGCUGAUCUGCAUGGCGAUGCAGGCCAGCCAGCGCAGCAAGCUCACCCUGGCCUCCAUCUACCAGUGGAUCACCGACAACUUCUGCUACUACCGGCACGCGGACCCCACCUGGCAGAACUCCAUCCGCCACAACCUGUCGCUCAACAAGUGCUUCAUCAAAGUCCCCCGCCGCAAAGACGAGCCGGGUAAGGGCGGCUUCUGGCGCAUCGACCCACCCUACGCCGAGCGCCUGCUCAGCGGCACCCACCGGACCCGACGCACGCCGCCGUUCCGGAUCCACCUGCUACCACCGACCGAGGAGCGCCGGGACCCCCGCCUGUCUGAGCGCGGCCCGCCGGGCCCCCGGCCCCUGGCCCCCGGCCGCCGCGGCACCAAGAGGAAGCCAGUGCUGGCAUCCCAGAGCGGUGCCUCCGAGGCUACCCGGCACUGCAGCUCCCCGCUGCUCUGCGUGGACGAGCAGAGGGAGGCCGGGCCCCUGAAGGGCCCCUUUGACUGGGACAGCCUGUUGGACUCGGCCCUCCGGGGGGAGCUGAGUUUGGAUGGGGGCGACUCUCUGAGCCCCAUCAUGGCCGCUGCCGACCCUCCUACACCCAAGAGUGGCAACGACUUGGACGAGGAGACCUUCCUAGCAACCGCUUUCCUGGAGACACCCUGGCCGGAGGACGAGGACCGCGGCGACUUCCUGAGCGGCUCCACCGUCAACCUGGACCAACUGUUUGACCUGGGAGAGCCGCUAGCCCUGGAUGCUAGCAGCCGGAUGGAGCCUCUAGCCCUGGAUGCUAGCAGCCGGAUGGAGCCGCUAGCAAUGGAUGCUAGCAGCCGGAUGGAGCCUCUUGCAAUGGAUGCUAGCAGCCGGAUGGAGCCUCUUGCACUGGAUGCUAGCAACUGUCUCAUCUGAAGAAAGGGUCAGUGACUAAAAUGGCUCGGAAGCUUCAGGGAAGCGCCUCUUCCCGUCCUGUAGACUCUUGUCCAUGCCUGGUUCCUGGAAACGCCUCUAGAGGAAGCAGGAGACAGAUGAAACAGAGUCCAAUGAUAAAAAACUAAAUGAACAAUAUUUCUAUAGUAAAUCUGUAGUUUAUAGUGUUGUAGUGAAAUUUGUUCCGACAUGUUUUGUUAUCAGUUUGUUAUGAAUGGGUUCAUGUUCAUAGUUCAAUAUUUGAAAAUUCUGAUCUAUGUUUCAGGUACCAACAUGAACUAGUUCUCAUUCAGUGGCUCAUAAACUGUAUUUUAAUACAAAUUUAUAAAUAAAGUCCAUUUAAAUAAAAA